UAUUCAAAAUCCAUUUUAUUUCCACUUCUCUCUCUAAAUCUCUCGUUCUCUCUCUACUGUGUUUUUAAUGGUUGCGUGAAGCAGAAGUUUGGUAUAUUAGUGUUUUUUUCCUCUCAGUUUUCUUGAAAUUACUCUUGUUUUUCCUCGAAAUGGGCAAGAAGGAAAAUAAUAUUAACGAAAAAGUUGAAGCUGUUCUUGAUAUUCUAAGAAAACAAUCGCCAUUAACAGUUAAACAGGAGAAAUUCUGUAACAAUGGCUGUGUAGAACGGUUUCUAAGAUCAAAAGGUGACAAUGUCAAAAAAGCUGCUAAGCACUUAAGGACUUGUCUGUCAUGGAGAGAAAGUUUAGGGACUGAACAAUUAAUAGCAGACGAAUUCUCUGCUGAACUAGCUGAUGGAGUUGCUUAUGUAGCUGGUCAUGACGAAGAAUCUAGACCUGUUAUUAUUUUUCGGAUUAAACAAGAUUAUCAAAAGUUCAAUUCACAAAAACUGUUUUCAAGACUGGUGGUUUUUACGCUAGAAGUUGCCAUAGCCACAAUGCACAAAAACGUUGAACAAUUUGUUCUUCUUUUCGACGCAAGCUUUUUCAGAUCAGGAUCGGCUUUUAUGAACUUGUUGCUGGCAACACUGAAAAUUGUAGCGGAGUAUUAUCCAGGCAGGCUUUACAAGUCUUUUGUAAUAGACCCACCUUCUCUCUUCUCCUAUCUAUGGAAGGGCGUCCGUCCGUUUGUUGAGCUAUCAACGGUCACGAUGGUCGUUUCAUCGUUAGAUUUUGAGGAAUCACUAGAGUUCAGUGAUUUUUCUUUGUAUCCGCGAGCCUCAUCCCUCAGAUUCGACCCUUCGUCUAUCAAAUCAACGGCUAAGAUGGGUUCAUGCUCUUCCUCAAGAUUUUCCUUCACUGUGUCUCACCAUUUCGAUUCACUUAAACCUUGGCACCUCAGCUUGACCGACACGUCAUCAUCAAAAGUUGGACCCACCACUAUCAACAGCCACUCCGUUCUGGGCCCCGCUCUAAUAUCACCACUCAACGCCAGGUCAUACUCUUUCGCAUCACCGUCUGUAAGAACGCCACUUGGCACAAUCAACGGCGGUGGUAGCUGCUACUCCUCUUACUCUAAGUACAGUAAGAAAACUCUGUUUCCAUCAACCCCGUUGCCGCAGCGCGUGACCGCGAGUGACCCAAUCAAAAUCUCCCAUCCGCGGACCCCACGGCCGUCUUUCCUCCAAUCACCUGCUUUAUUUUUCAAGAAGGAGUGCCACGUAAGCAAGACCGACAAGUCUCGAGAAUCUUUCUUACCUUUCGUGAAGUUCUAUAGGCGGCCGUACGAUGAGAUGGUUUAUAGGUCAAAGAUGCGGCCCCCACUAGGUGGACUCAUCUCCAUAGUCUCUCCUCAAAUCAGACGUCGCCACAUGUCAGUAUCACAACGGUUCUAGGCCAAGCAAGCAAAAAAAAAUAGCAAGAGAGUAUAUAGUAAUUUUAUUUUUAUUUUUAUUUUUACUGCUAUUAUAUUACAUUAACUAAUUAUGUGUCAAAUGUCAAUGACAUUAGCACUAAUAAUAAUUAAUUAAUUAUUUCUACAA